AUGGAAAACAAGGACAACGAACAAGCCCCCGCUCCCCGACGGAGUGCUCGCAUUCCCAAGGUACAGCAGCAGGCUGCUGCCAGGGCUGCUGCACAAGCGGAGGCAGAGGCAGAAGCUGAAGCAGCUCGUCAACCCAAGAGACGACGGACGAAUGCAUCUGCAAAGGCGGCUUCGGCAACCGCUCCACGGACUGCUACGAAACGGGCCGCGUCUGGACCUUCUAGACGACGGGGGAGACAGCAGCUUGUGAAUGAACCUGCGGCACAGCGUCAACUUGCACCCCGGCCUAAGAAUCAACCCCAGAACCCUGUAUAUCAACCUCAAAUUCAGCCUGCGACUGAAGCUGUACCACAGCCUGGGUAUCAACAGCCAGCACCUCCGCAGCAGCAAGUUCAGGACCAAUAUCAAACCCAAUACCAACAGGAAACUCAGCAUGCCCCACAAACUCACUAUCAACAAGUUCCGCAGCAACAAGCAGCCCAAUAUCAGGAGAACUCUCAGUAUGCUCCACAAGCUCACCAUCAACAGCCAGCACAUCUGCUGCAGCAAGUCCCGGAUCAGUAUCAAGCCCAAUACCAGCAGGAAACUCAGCAUGCCCCACAAGCUCACCAUCAACAAGCAGCCCAAUACCAGCAGGACGCUCAGUCUGCUCCACAAACUUACUAUCAACAAGUUCCCCAGCAACAGCAAGCUCCAUAUCAUUACCAACCCGGGUAUCCACGUGAGCCUUAUCAACCUGGAUAUCAAUAUCAAGCCCAAUAUCAAUAUGGACCUGAAUAUCAAUACGGGCCUGCCUAUCCCCCUCAAAAUCAGCCUGCAAAUCCUCCCCCAACCCCUGUGAUACCCGCACCAGUUCAUACAGCAAUGGAUCAUUAUCCUCAACCCCAACCUGAGUACCACACCGGGUAUGAGACUAUGCAGCAACAGCCCCUCCCGACUAUAAAUCAACCUGCACCACAUACAAGCUAUGCUGCGUAUCAAACUAUACAGCAAGGGCCCCUUCCGUCUGUGCACCAGCUUGUACAUCUUGGGGUCGACGCUACGUACUAUGACCAAACUGGAGUAGAGCCAGCUCCAUUGCAACAGCCACCUCAGCCUCCGGUUCCACCUGUACCGGCUCCUGCGGGCAAUGCUACGUAUCAAAAUGCACAGCAGCCUGUGCAACAACCAGUCGCUCAGCCGGCGCACCAACUUCCACCGCAGCCUGUAGCCCAAGCUGCGGAAGAGCCUGCGGGCCAACCAACGGGUCAAGCUGAACGCCAAGUGGCGGACGAGGACAGUCGAAGAGCAAAUGUACGUAUCCCCAAAAGAAAGCGUUUCCCAAUCUACCAUUGGACUCGGUCUAUGGGUUGGCCAGCGGAGCACAUGGGAGCGAGAGGGAUCCAAAAUGAAGGGGAAGAAGCACCCACAUAUAGAUUUGACGAGAUCAGGGAUCUGGCAAGACGCACUGUGUCUGGGUUUACCGGACCUCUAUGGUCAAACUACAACAUGCCUAAUGGCGGGGAUAAGCUGACGCUAGAAAAGCAGAGCGAGGUCCCGACUGGCUGCCCAAUCGACCGCUGGACGAGGGACAGGAUUUAUGACCAGCGUGCGGUCGAUUACCUCAAUAAAUGGCACUGCUGCUUCGAUGAUAAGUCAACGGGGCCGGAUAAUGAUGAAUCAACUAGGCCGGAUAGUGAUGAGAAAGACUUCUGCCUUCGAUUAUUAGAAAAAAAGUGCUCAACGCCCAGUGGUACUUUAUUCGAUUCUGGCGAUUUUCAAUAUAUUUGCGAGAGAGCAAUAUUAAUGAAUGAGGUAGAAAUGUUUCACCUCAUUGGCGAUUUGAUAGUGCCGCAAGCGGAGAUUGCAGUCCGUCGUGGUCAGGUCACUGGGACCGACGCCCUCAAGGACAGAUUCUGCGAGCCCUGGGUUCAAUCUAUUCCAUUCGACGAACAGUCUACGAGAUUAUCGCAACGGCUUGUCCGGAAUAUGGAAUCCACUGGCUACCUGCUGCCCAUCCCACAGCCAGAUCGUACCGUGGGAUUCUCUCAGAGUGCUUUUAGUGCAAAGCAGCAUCGCCGGCUGGCGGCUCAGACGCGCUACGAUGACGGAUUUGACAAGGAAAAUCCGGUUUCUUUUUUCAAUGGGCCCCUACACAUGUUCUUCCCCUUUCUGACCACGGAAGUAAAGCCCAGGCUCUCAUUCGAGCCCGCAGAGCGGGAAAACGCCCACAACAUGGCGGUGGCUAUGAAGGGGAUUGUCACAUUAUUCAAACGUGGGGACCCAAAAAAGUUAGAAGAACUAAACCGGAAGGUCCUAGGAUUCUCAAUCUCGCAUACUUCCGAGAGGGUGAAGAUCCAUGCCCAUUAUCCCAUCAUCGAAGGGGAGAAGGCAACGUACCACCGCUGGUGUAUUAGAGAUUUCAAGUGGACAUCGGAGGCAGAGAAAUGGCAGGCCUAUAAGUUCGUCAUGGCUGUCUAUAACGACUGGGCACCGCGCCAUCUCAAAAGACUGCACUCGGCAAUUGAUGGCCUACCUCUUGAAGAUCAAAUUAACAUGUCAUUGUCUUCAGGAUCGAUUGAUAGCAACGGGCAGACGGCUGUGGCCUCACCGGGCCUUGAUGUACCAGAUGUUGAUGUUGAUAAAUUAAAGGAGCUGGUACAGGCCGUAAAAGAUCACCGCGAAAGAGAGGGCAUACAUUACACUCCAGAAAAUAGUGAGGUGCCUCAGGCAUGA